AUGGCUGCAACGCCGAGUAGCGGCGACGAGACGGAAUUCCUGGUCCUUUCGCGUUGGGGGUUCGCCUUCUGGUGGGUUGUGAUCCUACUGAUCCACCUGAUCACGUUCAUAUUCAACGCGUGCUAUGCCAAGUUCUACUGGGUCUUCGGCUCUACCUUCCUGAGUACCUCGCUGGAGACGUACGACGUCGGCAUGGCCCCGCAGUAUUUCCACUCCAUUUCUUACGUCCACAUAGUGCUGGCUGCAGCUCACGGCGGUUGCUUGCUGCUGAUGGCUGUUGGAUCGAUGUGUCGGUGCAGUUUGGUCUUCUCUCCGACCGACCUGCUUCGGAGUGCGUCCUUGACUUAUGCAAAUAUUGCUGACAGACGCGGGGUGCUCGGAGUCAACGGACGGUAUUUCUACGCGAUUCUGCUCUGUCGAGAGCUCGUUGAGACUUCGUUUCAAACUGUGCAAGCCUUUCGGAUGAGUAAAUACCUGUCGAACGCUCUUUUGAAUCGAUUCUACGUCGUUCUGCUCGUGAUCAACUGCUGGUCGUCGGUACUCGUCCAUACAAAGCUGUUUGGGAAGGAUGAAGCUCGAAGGAGGUUUACUGCAAUCGUAUUCGACUGUGCGCUUGAUUUGAUAUCGUCGAUAGGAUUA